AUGUACGGCUCACUUAGCGGCUACUACUUCCACGCGAAAAACGUCAAAAUUGGUGACUGGAUUGUCUUAGCUUUUGAAGAGGAUGACGUUCAUCUGAGCAAAGUGGUCAUUGAGACUGGUUAUAAUAAUCGGUCUGGGCUUAAAUUAGUUAAUGAACUUAGCGGUGCGAAAACUGAAAAAAGGAAAUCCAAUUCAAUCGAAGUAUCUCACGAAUUUGGCAACUUACCCUACGAACUCGUUGAAGGCAGCCUGGAAAUCAGUCCGAAAAUUUUGAAAAUAGAAGUCGAUAAGAAUGUAAUUCGUUGCGCCGACUUUAGGCUAUUGGGUAAUGUUUCAGAUGGAAACAAUAAUCUCCUAAAUAAAAUCCUCAUGGAUAGAUGGCGCUCCGACGAUCCGGCGGCUGACGUAUUCACAAAUAUGGAAGCUGUCGAUUCGAAACACACCUGCAUCAAAAUGUACGGCUCACUUAGCGGCUACUACUUCCACGCGAAAAACGUCAAAAUUGGUGACUGGAUUGUCUUAGCUUUUGAAGAGGAUGACGUUCAUCUGAGCAAAGUGGUCAUUGAGACUGGUUAUAAUAAUCGGUCUGGGCUUAAAUUAGUUAAUGAACUUAGCGGUGCGAAAACUGAAAAAAGGAAAUCCAAUUCAAUCGAAGUAUCUCACGAAUUUGGCAACUUACCCUACGAACUCGUUGAAGGCAGCCUGGAAAUCAGUCCGAAAAUUUUGAAAAUAGAAGUCGAUAAGAAUGUAAUUCGUUGCGCCGACUUUAGGCUAUUGGGUAAUGUUUCAGGUUAUAGAACUAUUUUUGAUAAUCUGAUGAAUGUUUAUUGGAAUUCGCCGACGAAAUGCUUGAAAUUUACCGUUACGAACGUUAUUACUAAAAUGAGUAGCGAUCUAGUUAUAAGACAGCUAGCUAUUUUUACAUAG